CACUAGCACUUUAACACAUGGAUCAUUGUUUGUUUUUAUAUGCUAAUUACUGAAGGGUCACUUCCUGUGUGCAUUUGGGAGGGGAGGGUAUUUAUUCAGUGAAUUGUUUGGCACAUGUUUCACCUUGAGAAAGGUCCCAAAAGGGACCGAAACUUAACGUCGGUUACAUAUGCAAUAACACUUUUUCUACUUGCAAAAAAACCUGGUGUUGCUGGUCUUUUUUAUCUUUAUAUACUGGUCUUACCGAGCACCCAGGCAAAGGACUUGAAACGGAGUGCUGUCCACUACUAUAAGAUAUACAUUUCUUUGACGUGCACCCGUCUACAUAUUCAUUUUUGACAACCACUCACGCUCUCAAGAAUGGCUACAGGAGUCCAAAGCACUGAAGCAUUUACUAUGUUUACCAAGGAUGAUGUGAAUCGCAUCUUAUUUACUGAAACUUUUAAAGACACAUUUGGAGAUCUGGGGCCGAAGGAGUCCUUCCAUGAGCUGUUACGCCUACGGAAGAGGGAGGUGGAGUUGCACCUUCACGGUGUUUCACUGUCUGAAUAUUACCGGGAACGCAAGAUACCGCGUGGUUUUCGUAUAAAUAAUGCACCCACACUGGGACGCAGUAACCCGGAAUUUUGUGAUAAGUGGUGUGCCAUUCUGGAUAAAUGCUCGCUUGAGCUAAUGUUGCAUGUUAUUGAGGAAACGGGUCGUGAUCUACGCUCGGUGCGAAGUGAGAUCCUGCAGUUUGAAACCUCGCAUAUUCAUACAAUAUCGGCGGAUAGGGACAACGAUUGGCUUAAACGCCUACAGGACCAGGUGUCACAAUAUAAAUUUGAAAUACUUGCCUUUAAGAGAUCGAAGUUUAUGCGAGUGACACAGGACUACAAGGAUAAUACAGUCUAUCGGUGGCGUCAUGGAGGAAGGCAAGGCACGUAUAGGCGGAGACUACCAAUGCGCAGGGCACGCAAACCUCCUGGUUACGUCUCAAGCAGCGGUGAUUCUGAGGAGGACGCCGAUGCGUCUACACAGGCUGCAGCGGAUGCUUUUUUAUCUAUGGAAACACCGGCAAAUACCGCGCUAGAAAAAGGCAUCGCCGUGGAGGACGCAAACACGGCCAGAGGAAAAGGUCGGGGCAGACCUCCACGCUAUGGCGGACGGGGGACCAGGAACAGGCAAUAAUAAAUCUAUCGAGCCACCAGCUGACGGAUAUGGAGACGGCUGUACUGGCAAAAGGGGCAAUUGGGCAAAAUGCUGGAUGAAGCUGUUACACAAGGCUGGAUUACAGAGGAUCUGAGGAAUUUUCUAUACGUCAAGGAUCCGAACUGGCCAAUUGUUGCAACGGAUCCAGACUUGGGCAAACUGGUGAGUGAUGGUUUCUCUUUUGGCUAUAAACGUAGCAGGAACCU